UCUUAAAUUUUUUUGAAAUUAAACAAGACAUAAACUCUGAUAAAUUAAUAAGACAAUGGUCCAGAAAUUAAAGAGCUGUACCUAGAAUACCUAGUCUACGACUAGGGCCAAGGCCCUAGUGGCCCUAGGUCUGAGUCCGCCAAUGGACAUAAACAAUAUUAAAAGAAAUAAAAUGUCAUGGAAAAUAAGAAACAAAUAUUUGGAGUCCUAUUUUAGAGAAGCCAAUGUUAGAAUUCCUAUUUUAGCGAAGCCACUUCUUUAGAAUCCCAUAAUAGCAAUUAUCUCGUGUGGGCAUGGAUGGUCUGCCAGUCCGGCGGCAAGCUCCGCCGGGCGACGUUGUCGCGAGCUGCCCACGUCGCGGGGUCACAGUCGCGUGCGCGCGAGGCCAUCCACGAGGCCGCUACGGGCACUAGGGCACCGCCGCUCACGGGCACGAGCGCCGGUUGUGCUGCUCAGCCUCUAGACGGGGGUCGAAGGAGGAUGCGGAGAAGAGAGGGAAGAUAUAGACAGGCUGCCUGGGCAGGCGGCCGGCGUGCCGCUCGUCAUUCGCCAGCGACCGGGCUGCUUCGGGGUUCGGGCGCUUGCAAAUAUCGCCCAGAACUAGCCGAUUCGGCCGUGGUCCGUCCGUCCCCCACCCUGCCAGGACCAGGAGCAGGAGCAGGAGCAGGAGCAGGGCCAACUCCCAGCGCUCGUGUCCUCCCGCCUCCAACUCCAACUCCCUCCCGCCCACACCACACCCACGCAAUCCACGCCCACGACGCUGCUCUGCUGACCCACCACGCCGCCGAGCCCGAGCCCGACCCGCUCCGCUUCCCACCUGCUCGGGGACGCGACGGAGAGCCCCCACCCAACCCAAUGCACUCUUGUCCCAGAACCAGAAGAGAAGAAACUCCCUCCUCGUCACGACUUUUAUCCUGA